AUGAACUUUCAAGAAAUCUGCAAUGUUUUGAAGGAAGCCGGCUACACAUUUGAGCUCCAUCCUUUAGGCAAUUACCUCAAGAUCAUUAAGGACAAGCAUGAAGCAAAUUUAAGUGAAGAUGCAGCCCUUACUUAUAGUUUAUACACAUACAAAAUGGGAGAUCAGUUCCUGAUUCAGGAUGUUUCCAAGAUUUUCAAUGCCCUUAAUUACAAAGGAACAAGCGAAAGCCAAGAUAAUGCCGACCAAGUCUUCCAUCCACAAGGAAAGAAAGUUUCAUUGAAGGAAGUCGGAGAGAAGCUUAAAGAAGAUUCCUACGAAGUCAUUAAUGUUGAUAUCGAAGGUGGAUAUUACAUGAGUUUGACACAUAAAAAUAAUCAGCCAAUCUUAAACGGAAAGACAAACAUUGAUCUCAACAAAGAUGGUGUCAUCAGCUUGUUCUCAGAAGACAAACAAAUGGAAAUUGUAAAUGACAUUGCAGCGAUUUUCAAGCGCUACAACUACAGUGAUCAUGGACCUCAUUUUGAUGGCGCAACACACUCUUUCUUCAAAGAUAAUUAA